UAUAUUGUUUAUGGUUCAUCACCGCGUAUGGUUGGAUUGUGUGCGUUUUCUCUUUUCCGUGCUGUGAACUCAUUAUUUUGAGAUAUACACAUGCUUUUAAAAAAAAUCAAACAUUUUUUUUCAUUUUCAUGUAAUAUGUGUACAUGUUUGUGAAAAAUAUCAUGUGUUAUUUUUUAAUUUGAUAAAUAUUGUGACGUGAUAGUGCAAUUUUGGAGGUAAAAUGCCCGCUUCAAUUUGUGACCCAGUAUCAAGCGCAUUGCGUUUAUCACUAACGCCUGAAGAAUCUCAAAGUUCAUCAUUGUUAGAUAGUAGACUAUAUUCAUCAGCUAAAAGCGUUUUAUUGUCUAAGAUUGAAUUCGAAGAAUCUGGUGAUUAUCAGAGCAAUGUACUCGAUGGUUUAAAAUCUAAGUACGUGGUUAUUAGACCCAAAAAACCUGUACUCGACACAAAACUGCUUAAAAAAGAAGUAAAUUCAGGCAAUCAAUGUAUAGAAAACACUAAAAAUAUUGAAGAGGGCUUACCUAAACCUAAGAGGGUAUUCUUUCCCGUUGAGAAGGUACAAUUAGGCUGGCAGACUGCAUGGGCUGCUGGAUCUGGAAUACAGAAUGUAGGAAACACUUGUUAUCUUAAUUCUACAUUACAAGCUCUUUUUCACGUUCCUGCAUUUGCUAACUGGCUUGCUUCAGAAUCAGCUCAUGCAGAAAAAUGUAAUCAACAAGAAGCAUGUGUUAUUUGUGGAAUGCGUGCCACCUUAUUGGCAACUCAGAAGAGUGGUGGGGUGCCAAUAAAGCCUUGGCAAGUUUACUCCAAGUUACGCCUUAUUUGCAGACAUUUAACUCUGGGGCGACAAGAAGAUGCACAUGAGUUCCUAAGGUACCUUGUUGAAGCAAUGGAAAAAUCUUAUCUUGCCCGUUUUAUAAAUUCAGAUAAACUAGAUCAGUACAGCAAAGAAACAACUCCUUUGAACCAGAUUUUAGGAGGUUAUUUAAGAUCCACAGUCCGAUGUCUUGCCUGUCACCAUUUAUCUACUACAUAUCAGCACUUUGAGGAUCUUUUAUUAGAUAUCAGAAAACACUCAACUUUAGAUGAAGCCUUAGAUUCAUUUUUUUCAAGAGAAAGAUUAGAAGAUCUUGGUUAUAAAUGUGAAGCUUGUAACAAAAAGGUAUCCGCAACUAAACAGUUUUUUAUAGAACGAGCACCAAUGGUGAUAUGUAUUGCAUUAAAGAGAUUUUCUCUGGCUGGUGGAAAGCUUUCGAAACAUGUUCAAUUCAGAAAAAAAAUUAACCUGAACAAAUAUAUGUACAAUAAGAAUAAUCCACAACAGCUAUCUUAUAAAUUAGUAAGUUUGGUGACUCAUUUGGGCCCAACACAAAAUUGUGGACACUAUACUGCAAUAGGUCAAGCUCCAAACAGCAACUAUUAUCAGUUUGAUGAUAGCUGUGUGCGGCCAUUACCUCUGUCAGCUGUUUUGGGCACCAAUGCUUAUAUAAUGUUCUUUGAAAAAGAUAAUUCGAUAGAAGAUUCAACUCUUCCCAGUGCCUCUACCUCAAAUGUUGUGUAUGGACCACAGCUUUCUGAUAAUAUCCUUAACAGAGAGAAAAGUCCAUUAAAAUUAACAUUCUAUAGAAAUGAUGAAAAAAAAUCUAUUGUUCUCAACAGCAGUACUAGCACUGAAGCACCUAAAUCUGAAGUUAAACCUAUUAUAUUAAAUUCAACCUUAAGUAAGUCACUUGAGUCAAGUAAUACUAUUAGUGAACCAUGGGUGGUAAAGCAAAAUGGUGAAGUUGAAAAGGUCACAGUAGGACCAAAAAUAUUAAAUGGUAUUGAGAAUUCAUCUCACAAACCUGAAGAAGACAAAAAGAUUAGUUUUAUUAUAAAAAAGCAAAGCGAAGAAUGCCAUAACAAACCUAAAAUUUCAAAGAGUGAUUCAGACAUUAGAUCUAGCAUUAACAUAGCAAUUAAGCCUCUCGAAAAAUCGUCAUCAAUGAGUAAGUUAGUCAAACCGUUAAAAUCGCCCCUAGAAAAAUUAGAAGAACAAAUGAAUAAAAGCAACACCUUGAGUCCUGUUCAAAGAAAUGGGAACUCUUCCUCUAAGUUGGUACCAUAUGAUUCAGAGUCUAGUAGUGAUGAGCGCUGUGACAGAGUUAUUGAUGAUAAAAUUAAGAAAGAAGAACCAAAAGAGCAGAUUCGUAAAACAAAGCCAAGUAGAUGUGAAUCACCGCAGGGUCUCAUAGUCACCACCAAAGCAAUGCAUCACGCAUGGACGGUAUCGAAAGAAAAAAGUGGCCCUCUGUUAAGCCCCAGCCUCAACGGCGAUACUAUUAAAAAGGCCAAGGAAAAGGAGGAAAGUCCUCACACGAGCUUGAGCAGCAUGUCCCCCCUGAGCGACCGCAGCGAGCCCGCGCCGCCCGCGCCCGCGCCCGCGCCCGCGCCCGUCGCCGCGCUGGACACGGCGCGCCACCUGCAGAGCUCGUCGCUGCGCGGCUACGGCGCGCCCGUCUCCUCGUGGAACGGCACGCACAGCGCCAUGUCGCGACAGGUUUUCGAAGAGAGACGGGAUGAUCGUAAACGCGUUCACGAAGCGACUGACGAAAUGGAUCGUGGUCGCACCAAGAAAAUAAAGAAGUUUCACCAUUACAACCGUUUUAAUAACAAUAGGAAUGCAUAUAAUCCUUUCCAGGACAAACAAAACAAACUACACUGGGGCAAUAAUUUUAAAUACCGAAGUGAACGGCGUCCCGGACAUAAUUUCAACAAACAACAAAGCAACAAGUAUAAGCGAUUCAACAGGUACAGCAAUGGGCAUCACUAUCCGAGGCACCAUUGACCCUGGCCGGUCAUUGCCACUAUUUUGGUGUGUAUAGAUGAAUGGACUUAAAUAGUUAAAUAAAAUAUUAUAUAAGUGAAUUAUAGAUAAGAUAAUUACAAUAGUGACGUAUUUAUUCACUACCGCCAUAAAGUCCGAAAAUUGUUAUAGCCAAAUGCAACAAAGCGAAAAUGUUGUGGUUGUAUUUAUCAACAUUUAAAUUUAUUAUUCAAUUGCUGUGUAAUAUCUUAUAAAUUGACCUAUUUUAAGUAUAGACUGCAAAUAUAAUACUUAAUGUGAUGUACAAGUAUUCACGAUCAUUAUCGAUUGCUAACUUAAAUGUAAAGGUCCUUGACUUUUUUUUUUAUUUUUUUGGGAAAAGUUCUAAGAAUAUUCACUCAAGAAAUAAAAACGAUGGCUAAGCAGUUAAUUGUUAUUAUAUAUAAUAAUAGUGCAUAGCACUAAUUAACCCAUUAUUUUUUCAUUCUUAUAUAAAAUUUUUCAUUCAUUUUUUAAUCUUACAUAAUAAUCAGUGUAACAGUUAGUCAAAAUGAAAUUGAUAUGAGGUAGUGUUUAUGAGUCAAUUCAAAAUAAGAAUAUUGUUGGUUUCACUUUAAGUGUUAUAUAUGAUAACAUAUUAAUAUUAGUAAUGAAAAAUGAAGCAGAUAUUCUUAUAUUUGAACAAUGUGUUUUUUGUACAUGUAUAAUAAAUUUUAGUAACAUACAAAAUGUAACUUUGUGUAAUGUACAUAUAUAGUUAAAUUUUUAAUUAGAUAUAAUAAUGGCUUCUUUAUUUUUAAGCAUAACUAAGACUACUUUAAAAUAUAAAUAUAAAUAAACUUAUAACUAUUUUAGUUAGCAAUCGAUAGAAUUUAUUUCAUAAAGUAAAUAUUUAUUUAAAAUGAUGAUGAAUGAUUGGACAUGUCUGUGUGUAAGAUUAUCUUACGUAUAGAAAAUAACUUUUUUUAAUGAUCGCGAAAUAAUGUAAUAAUUCUGCUUUUUGCAUUUAAGUAAAAAAAUAUAACUAAUUAGAGAAACAAUUUUAAAUUGAAAAACAAGUCUAAAACUACACUAUACUAUUACUGACACUUGGAAUGAGCCGUUUAAUGGCAAAACUAAAUAAGGACUUUUGAAGAGCAAUUACGAUGAUGACUUGCUACACAUUAAAAAGACAUUGCAAUUGGAGUUAAAUUAAAUAUUGAUUAAAAAUGGUAACUGAAUUUAAAAUGUUUAAUAUUCAUAUUGACUUGUGUUCGUAUUCAUUUAUUUUAGUAAAAAAAUGUUUAAACAGACAAAAAUUCAAGUAGUCUUAACUUUUAUGAUUAAAGUUGCGAUUGUAGUAGAUUAUCUACUUCGAAAGAUAUUAUCUAAUAGAUAGAAAUAUUAUAUAACACGAUGUCCAUAGCGCGUAGUUAUGAAUUCAAUUUUUAUUUACUACAUACUACUUUUAAAUAUAGUGUAAUUCUUUCGCAAUUAAUCUUUUUUGUAAAUAUAGUAAGUUCGAAAUAUUAUGUAAAUAUCAACAUGGGCUUAUAUUUUUGUAAAAUAAAUCUACGUAACUUGUGGACUUCGAUGAAACUUUAAUGUUUAUUAAAUGAAAUUAAUUGAAAAAAUAAAUUUAGUAGUAGCAAAGUAACAGAUCAACAGUCCAAUAAUAAGUAUAUCGGAAUAUAACGUGGGUUUUAAUAAUAAAAGUAAAUUUUGUUAGGUCACUUAAAUGUUAAAAAUAUUAAUUUUUCAACUCAAAAUAUUCUUUGUCAGCUAUCAAGAUAUAAAGUGCACCUUAAACUACUUGUACCGAAAAAUUCGUUCGUUAAUAAUUGAAAUUGUAGCAAAACAGGACAUUAUAAAAAAAUACAAAAGAGAUCUUUCAAGAAAUUUUAAUAUCUCUAUGUACGCUUACAAAUUUUUUGUAUAUGGAAUGAGCUUCUUUUUGUUACAUAUUUAACAAAAUUCCCUUAAUCAAAUUAAAUUAUGGUAAAAAUAGGUGAGGUGUAGCAGAUGGAGCUAAUUUUCGCUGAAGUAUUAGUUCGAGUCAAUAUUACUUGUUAUCUUUCAGAAACACAAAUCGUGAUAACUGUUAUGUUUAUUUAAUUAUUUAGCAUUUAUUUUUUUAUUUUUUAAAACUUAUGUUGUCGAUCUUCGUACUCGAUACUGUUUUAAGAACUUAUUUAGGAUUAAACUUAACUUACGUAGGUCUUAGUUUGUUACCUUAGCUAAUGUUAAUUUUGUUAAUACAAAGUUUGUCCAUAAUAGAUGAGUGGACAUCCAUUGUGUAAUAUUGUAAUUUGACAUUUAUAAGUGGUUAUGAAAAUAAUUUUCUGCAACGGAUUUUUUGCUACAAAAGAAAUCCUGCUGUAA